UGCACUCGGAGGAACCCAGGGCCAACCGCACUAGGAUAUGGUCUCAAAGGGGUCUGAGGACCUAAUAGCAGUCAGGCUACCUCUGGCGAGCACAUGGAGGGCUGUGUGGCCACCCAACACCAUUACUGCUAAACCUGUCAUGCUGGAGGAUCUUGCAGGCGACAGAUCGUUCUCCAUGGUGUCUCCAGACUCUGUCACAUGUACUCAGUGUAAACCUGCUUUCAACUGUGAAGAGCACGGGGCACCAGUGGCGAAUUUGCCGCUCUUGGUGUUCACUGGCAAAUGCCAAUUUUCCUGCAUGGUGUUGGACCGUAAGCACAACCACCGCCUGUGGACGUCGGGCCCUCAUACCACCCUCAUGGAGUCUGUUUCUGACCGUUUGAGCAGACACAUGCACAUUUGUGGCCUGCUGGAGGUCAUUUUGCAGGGCUCCGGCAGUGCUCCUCCUGUUUCUCCUUGCACAAAGGCGGCGGUAGCUGUCUUGCUGCUGGGUUGUUGCCCUGCUACGACCUCCUCCACGUCUCCUGAUGUACUGGCCUAUCUCCUGGUAGCGCCUCCAUGCUCUAGACGACACGGACAGACACAGCAAACCUUUUUUGCCACACCUCGCAUUGAUGUGCCGUCCUGGAUGAGUUGUAUACUCCGUCUCACGCUACCACUAGAGUGAAAGCACUGCCAAGCAUUCCAAAGUGACCAAAACAUCAGCCAGAAAGCAAAGGGACUGAUAAGCGGUCUGUGGUCACCACCUGCGGAACCGCUCCUUUAUUGGGGCUGACUUGCUAACUGCCUAUAAUUUCCACCGGUUGUCUAUUCCAUCGGCACAACAACAUGUGAAAUUGAUUGUCAAUCAGCGUUGCUUCCUUUAUGGACAAUUUGAUUUCACAGAAGUGUGAUUGAUUUGGAGUAGCAUUGUGUUGUUUAAGUGUUCCCUUUGUUUUUUGAGCAGUCAUAUAAAUACAAUGGAACCUCAGUUGUCAAGAUGAAUCCGUUAAACAAAACUGCUGCUGCCAGAAAAACACCUUUCGAAAAUUACGGUUUCCAUUGGUGAAAAAAAUGUCUGCUUUUAUUCGGAGUGCUGUUGAAUUGCAGUAGUCUGUGCCAAGGUGCUUGUUUGCUCUUCACAAGACACAUACGCCUAUCUGCUUCCACUUAUUUGGAUGUUUGUUGUCUAUGACUGGACUAUAAAUGUGUUGUAUCGCUGGGCGAUAAUUCAUUAUCAGUAUGUAUCGCCAUAGUAAUAGAAAAUAUCUUCAAUAAAAUGUUUAGUAGAAAUUAGGGAGCAAACCCCGACUUUGGCAUUCCGCGUUCUGUCGGCGGAGGCUGCAAUAUAAUGUUAGAUUUAAGCUACAAUUACAAGCACGUAAGAGGAAAUUUGGAGCACACUAGCAGUUUAUAUACACACACACACACACACACACACACACAAACAGUAUGGCAAUACCGACCAUUAUGAAUUACUUAUAUCAUGAUACACUUUUCAACCAUAUUGCUCAACCCUAAUGUGUUGUCUUCUGAGCAGGUC